AUGGAUAGUUUAAACGAGAUUUCAUACACUCAAACGUCUGAACAAGAACCUAAAGAUAAAGAUGGUAAAAAGAAAGAAGAAAUCACUGAAGACAAAUUAACUCCCGAAAUGAGAAAUAAAAUUGUACAAUACGUGGAAGCAAUUAAUAAAGAGAAUGAAAAUUGUGAACAAAAUUCAGACAAUGGGAAAGCCAUUCCUGGAUAUGUUGCAGCUAUUGUUGUGGACAAAAUUGAAAAACAAGAAGAAAAAGAUGUUAAGGAAGAACGCCCAGUAACUCCUGUCAAUGAAGUGACACCAAAAGAAUUAAAAGAAGAAGAAACAAGAGAAGCACAACAGGUCAACCAAACUCAAAUAGAAGAACAACAUGUGGACAAAACACAACAACCUGUUGUGAAAGAAAGUAUCGAAACUUGUCAACCAUCACAAAUACAAUCAGAUAAGAAGGAAACUAUACAACAAACAACUACUACUAACAAUACUACUGUUGAAAAAACUCAACCUCUUAUCAAGUCGACUCCAACAAAUCCAAUCCCUUUGGAAAAUAAAGGCAACGAAAAACACUACAAAGACAAGACUUCUCUCUAUACACCCAAAGAAAGUGAAACAAAAGCCGGUCAAGUUUUAAAGAAUGGAUUGCCAACCCUUGAAAAACCACAAGACGAAAAUACCGACCGACAGACACAAAAGGCCAAAGGAGACAAGAUCAGUCUUAAAACCAUAUACUUUGCGUUCUUCGUCUCAUUCUUUGUUACUUACAACGUUAUGAGAGUUAUUACACAAAUCAGCUCAUUAGGGAAUAAAAAUUGA